AUGGGUUGUGCAACAUCGAAGCCAAAAGUAUGCCAAAAUUGCCACACCCCAUAUUCUCCUGUACGCAGAAGUUACUCAAUGUACAUACCCAAAAAGAAAGGGAUUAAUGAUGAAAGUGAACAACAACAUAGGGUGAAUCUCACAUCCUCUACAUUAGGAUCAUUGAAACUUGACUCAAUGAACCUGAGUCAAAGUCUCAGAAAUGAUCACUUUGCAUUCGAAAUCGAUGACUACAAUGCUGAAAAAGAUGGGUUGUUGAUUGAGGCAAGAACAUGGUCACAACUGAUUAACCACAAAAUCCCUAAAGUUGUUGUAGUUCCUAUGACACAAGUUAGGACACCACCAGGUGAGCCAGAAACUAUUAAUGCAUGGGAAUUAGUGGAAGGUCUUGAAGAUAUUACACCUCUUAAACCUUCUGACCAUCAUCAUCAACAUACUUUCUCUUUCCCUAUUUCUCCUAAUGAAAACUUGCCAAAUAUGGCUGAUAAUGAAUCUAGUUUACAUUCGAAUGGCACAUCUAUAGUGUCUGAUUUUGAUCCUGAAGUGAUUAAUAAAUUCCGAAAAGCACUUGAAGAGCUUCCACCAGCUAAUCCUUUUUACCUAAAGCCAUUAGUCAACCAAGACACAAAGGGAUUAGAUGAUGAGUCUGAGUCAGUAACAACAGAGUAUAAAUUAGUGCAUCAUGAGAAGGACAAAUUGGUUAUUUACUUUACAAGUCUAAGAGGGGUAAGGAAAACAUAUGAGGAUUGUUGUCACGUUCGUGUGAUUCUGAAGGGACUAGGCGUUAAGGUUGACGAGAGAGAUAUUUCAAUGCAUUCAGGAUUCAAGGAGGAAUUGAAAGAAUUAUUGGGAAAGGAAAAUGCUCGAGGAGGAUUACCAAGGGUAUUCUUGGGGAAAAAGUACACUGGUGGGGCUGAUGAAAUACGAAAAAUGAACGAGGAUGGGAAGCUUGAGAAGUUAGUAGAAAAUUGUGAACGACAAGAGGAUGGUGGUGGUAGUGUUAUUGAAAAUGGCGUUUGUGAGGCCUGUGGAGAUAUUAGGUUUGUGCCAUGUGAGACAUGCUCGGGGAGUUGUAAAAUCUACUGUGAAGUAGAGUACGGCGAAUUAGAACUUGAGGAAAAUGAAUAUGGCUUCCAAAGAUGCCCGGAUUGUAAUGAGAACGGACUUAUACGAUGUCCAAUUUGUUGUGAUUAA